CUUAAACUUAGAAGUCAGUGACAGCCCAAGGUACAAGUUGAAACGAAUGAUGUUCUCAAUGAUAUCCCUCAUCAACGGACACCUUAGCUUCCAAGUCUAAUGGCCAAUUCUGAUUUGGAGAUGCAGCGCGCAAUCUAUGUGUCAAUUAUUGUUGGCUCAAUAGUGUUUGGAGCUCAGAUCUGUCUCUAUGUGCAGUCUUUCGUUUACUUGCUCAAGAACCCAGUUAAAAAGUGGAGAAAUUUCUAUAUCCUCUUUGGCGCGAUAUUCGUAGUGCUUACUACCGUCGGAGGUGGAACCAACAUGCAACUCGGACAACUCAUAUGGAUUCAGCAUCCUGAUUAUCCAGGUGGCGCUCCAGCAUACUUCGCUGACCAUUCCUCGGACUGGUACGAAAUAUGGGGUACUGCCUCCGUGUCCUUUGCCAAUAUCAUGGGAGACGGCCUUCUGCUGUAUCGUUGCUACAUAAUCUAUAAUUCCAAUAUCUGGAUGGUAGGCUUUCCCUUUCUUGUUUUGCUGGCAUCAACAGCUAUGAUCGUUAUUACAAUUGUCCAAAGUGCGGUCCCAGAAUCGACACACUUCUUUGGUCUUCCUAUUAAUUUUGCUAUCGCCUGGAUUUGCUUGACCGUUGGGUUCAACGUCAUCGUCACCGCCCUUAUCUGCUAUCGUCUGUUGUCCUUCCACAAAGUUUCCCGCGAAACUCUUCCCUCUGAGCUGACCAACACUUACACCAGCAUCUCUGCCAUGAUGCUAGAGUCUGCAGCUCCUUUCACGAUAUCUGGUAUCGUGUAUGUUAUUGCCUUUGCUGUAAAACGCCCCUCUCAGCAAGUAUUCGCCGGAAUUUCGGGUCAUGGUGGUAAUCUACAGGCACUUCCUCCCCAGCUCAUUAUUACUCGCAUAGCAAUGGGUAUGACAUGGAACAAAGACAUGGUAGAUAGGUUCUCCGACUCUUUCAGAGUUAAUACCUCUGGAACCUUUUCGUCUGCUGUGGCAUCGAACGAAGGAAGAGCUCAAAUUGUCGUGGUGCUGACAACCAAGGAGUCCGGUGACAAUAUGGUUUGAAUGGCAUC